UCUGGCUUCUGCCCUCUGCUGUUUUGGAGGCUUGUGACGUCAAGAUACGCCCAUUGGUAGAGCUUGUCCACAGCCAAUGGGGAGCGAAUACAGAGCAUUUCCCUUAGCCAAUCAGAGACCGUAGUUUGUUUAAAGGUUUUGAACAGAGGGACGUUUGAAAUUAAACAAGCAGUGUGCAGGGGAUGUGUUAAAGCCGUCUGUGUAGUUGGUCUCUAUUCGUUUUUUUUUUAUCUAUAAUCACCCUUUUUACAAAUUCGGAGCUCCUGCUAAAAGACUUGGCCGUGCGAUAGCUUGGUUAGAGAAGUAAUAUCAACGUGGAUAUUAAUUUCGUACGUAUGUAGCCACAAACAUCAGCUCUCGUCAACUGGCCGACGUAGCUGCUAGCUAGCUAGGGUAACGUUACCUGCUUGAGAGCUGCUUUCAGCUCGUUUAAAUUCUGGAUUGACUAUCGGACGGUGGUUACUCUCGGUCCUUGUGCAAUAAUAUAUUCCGAAAAUGGACUCCUCUGCCAGACUCAAGCUGACAAAGGACAUGAAACUUCAAAGGCCCGAGGUGAAGUUGAGUGGUGAAGGACCAAAGCGGAUUCCUGUGUCACAACAGUCACAUGUGAUUCAGAAGGCUGUAGUUACACCAACUCAGCAUCCUCGCGUCCUGGGUGUGUCAAAUGGACCUCAGCGAAUCCAGCGGCCUGUGAGCAAUCAGAAACCAGUAUCUCAUGUCUCUGUUGCUGCCAAGUCCACACAACCCUCUGAUCAGAAUGUGAACCCCGCUACUCAGAAUGUAAAUCCUGCACCACAGCCCAAACCUGGUUCCCAGCAAAACCAGCUAAAGACAAUUGUGCCUAAAGCGAACCCAGAGCCGACCAAACCGCCAUCAGAAUCAGCAAAGCUGGAGAAGCCACAGGACAAACUAGUCAAGAAUGAUUCUACAAAUGCUUCUGCUUCAAAGAAGCGAUGGAAUCUGGAAAAUUUUGACAUUGGCCGUCCUUUAGGAAAAGGUAAAUUUGGCAAUGUCUACCUGGCCAGAGAACGACAAAGUAAGUUCAUCUUGGCCCUGAAGGUGCUCUUCAAGAAGCAGCUGGAGAAGGCCGGAGUCGAGCACCAGCUGAGGAGAGAAGUUGAGAUCCAGUCUCACCUCAGGCAUCCCAAUAUUUUGCGUCUUUAUGGCUACUUCCAUGACACAUCUCGCGUGUAUCUCAUCCUUGAGUUUGCACCCAGGGGAGAACUAUACAGUGAACUGCAGCGGUGUGGAAGUUUUCCUGAGGACAGGAGUGCCACUUACAUCAUGGAGCUGGCAGAUGCCCUCAACUACUGCCACUCCAAGAAGGUGAUUCAUAGGGACAUCAAACCAGAGAACUUGUUACUGGGGGCCAAUGGGGAGCUGAAGAUUGCAGAUUUUGGCUGGUCUGUUCACACACCCUCCUCCAGGAGGUCCACCCUGUGUGGAACACUGGACUACUUGCCUCCGGAGAUGAUUGAGGGAAAAACUCAUGAUGAAAAAGUGGAUCUGUGGAGCUUGGGUGUUCUCUGCUACGAGUUCCUGGUUGGAAAACCCCCCUUUGAAGCAAAAAGUCAUGAGGAGACCUACCGCAGGAUAUCAAGGGUGGAAUACACUUACCCCGCACAGGCCAAUAUCAGCGCUGGAGCCAAAGACUUGGUUGCCAGGCUGUUGAAGCACAACCCCAUGCACAGACUGCCCAUUGAGGGUGUCCUGUCACACCCCUGGGUGGUCCAGUGCUCAACCAAGAAGCCCACAACCAUGAACAAUGAAGAGCUCAGCCAAUGAGACUCAUUGUACUGGUGCAUUGGGGUCAGAGUCACUGGCUGAUGAGGAAGAUGAACACCAGUGUGCAGCUGAUUAGAAUCCGCUUGUACUUCGACGUUGACUACCAAAUCACUCCAUGUGGAUGUUUUUUGUCUGCAGGUAUUUUGAGCCACUUGGUUAUCAUUUCUUUUAUCAUCUUAUCUUUUUGCGUUUCCUUGUCUUACUAAUGGCAAUCUAUUGCCUGUAAAUAUUUCACUGUUUUUGUAUAAUUAUGAAAAUUUUAUUGAACUUUUCUGAAAUGCCGUUACUUGAAAUAAAAAAAUAAAUUAUCUUUCAUGGAUUAUGUCACUUGGGAGUUAAGCAGUAUAUGUCGUUGAUAGUGAAAGCGAUUUAGUUUGUCUUCUGUGCAUUUCAACCUCUCAGUUAAUCGAGUACUUGGUAAACAAGUUUGCACUAAAUGUUCAGUGUGAGAUUCUCGCAUCAACUUCUGAGUAGUGUGUGUUUUAUCAAGCUUCUUCGGCAGAGGGCGCCGGUAUACAACUAUAGCUGAACUGAGAACCUGUUACAGACUUCGGAGAGUAUUAAUGCCACUGUUAAUAAAUCUGUUAAGCAUAGUGAAU